UGCUUCCCGAUCGCACCCUCCCAGUGCCGGGGACGCGGCGAUCGUGCUCCCGCCGGAGCCUGGGGAAGCGGAGGCCAGGAGGCGGCCCGGCCCUGCGCCCACAGGAUGCCCGCCGCGGAGCCGGGCGCCGCCGUCCUCGUGGAGCUGGCGGAGGCGACGACGCUGCGGGCCGCGGGGCCGCGGCGGCAAGGGUAGCGGGGCCGGAGUCGGCCCCGAGGCGCCGAAGGCGGGCGGAGUGGGAGGAGGAGCGGCAGGCAUCCUCCGCGGCGCGGCGGGCGGGCGGCGGCCCUGCUGCCCCGGCGCGCCCCUGGCCCGGGAGCCCGGAGAAUGCGAGCUGCGCUCCCCGCCGGCCACCGCCUCCCCCCGCGCCGUGCGCCCGACGACCCCCGGAGCUGCUCUUGUCGCCGCCGCCCCCCAGCUGCGGGCGCCCGGCCGCUGGCUGCGCUAGGACCCGCCGCCGCCGGUCGCCGAGGGCCGGUAGGAAGGGAGGAGCGGGAGCGAAAGGGCCCCGGAGACUGGCGCCCGCCGGGGCGCAGCGCGGCAUGUAGCGGCGGGCUCCCGCGCGAGGGUGUCGGCCCGGCCCCGCCAUGGCUGGGACGGACAGCGGGAACCUGAAGACGGUGAGGCUGUGGCGGGACGCCGCCCUGCGCGCCAGGAAGCUGCGGAGCAACCUGCGCCAGCUCACCCUCAGCGCGGCCGGGGGCUGCCCGGGGACCGACCAGCUCGACUCUCCCGACGCGCCCCAGCUCGUGCUGCCGGCCAACAUCGGGGACAUUGAGGUGCUGAACCUGGGGAACAACGGCCUGGAGGAGGUGCCCGACGGGCUGGGCUCGGCGCUGGGCAGCCUCCGCGUCCUGGUCCUGCGCCGGAACCGCUUCGCCCGGCUGCCCCCGGCGGUGGCCGAGCUGGGCCACCACCUCACCGAGCUGGACGUGAGCCACAACCGGCUGAGCGUCCUAAGCGCCGAGGUGGUGAGUGCCCUGCGCGAGCUGAGGAAGCUCAACCUCAGCCACAACCAGCUGCCCGCCCUGCCCGCCCAGCUGGGCGCGCUGAUCCACCUGGAGGAGCUGGACGUCAGCUUUAACCGCCUGGCGCACCUGCCCGACUCCCUCUCCUGCCUCUCCCGCCUGCGCGCCAUCGACGUGGACCACAACCAGCUCACGGCUUUUCCGUGGCAGCUGCUGCAGCUGGCGGCCCUGGAGGAGCUCGACGUGUCCAGCAACCGGCUGCGGGGCCUCCCUGAGGAUAUCAGUGCCCUGCGGGCCCUCAAGAUCCUCUGGCUGAGCGGGACCGAGCUUGGCACCCUGCCCAGCGGCUUCUGCGAGCUGGCCAGCCUGGAGAGCCUCAUGCUGGACAACAACGGGCUGCAGGCUCUGCCCGCCCAGUUCAGCCGCCUGCAGCGACUCAAAAUGCUCAACCUCUCUUCCAACCUCUUGCAGGAGUUCCCCGCCGCGCUGCUGCCCCUGGCUGGUCUGGAGGAGCUCUACCUUAGUCGCAACCAGCUCACUUCAGUGCCAUCCCUGAUCUCGGGCCUGGGCCGUCUUCUCACCCUGUGGCUGGAUAACAACCGGAUCCGCUACCUGCCUGACUCCAUCGUGGAGCUCACUGGCCUGGAGGAGCUGGUCCUGCAGGGGAACCAGAUCGCUGUGCUGCCAGACAACUUUGGCCAGCUCUCCCGGGUGGGCCUGUGGAAGAUCAAGGACAACCCGCUGAUCCAGCCCCCCUACGAGGUCUGUAUGAAGGGGAUCCCCUACAUCGCAGCUUACCAGAAGGAGCUGGCUCAUUCCCAGCCGGCGGUCCAGCCCCGCCUCAAGCUGCUCCUGAUGGGCUAUAAAGCUGCAGGAAAGACCCUGCUCCGUCACUGCCUCACCGAGGACAGAGUGGAGGGGAACCAAGGAGGAGAGGACAAGAAGAGCCACCCGCCUUCACCUCCUCCCGUGAGCAAGGGCAUCGAGGUGACCAGCUGGACAGCGGAUGCCUCCCGGGGCCUGCGGUUCAUCGUGUAUGACUUAGCCGGGGAUGACAGUUAUGAGGUGAUCCAGCCCUUCUUCCUCUCCCCGGGGGCCCUUUAUGUGCUGGUGGUGAACUUGGCCACCUAUGAGCCGCUCCGCUUUCCCACCACCGUGGGCUCCUUCUUGCAUCGGGUAGGGGCCCGGGUGCCUCAUGCCGUGGUGUGCAUUGUGGGCACGCACGCUGACCUGUGCGGGGAGCAGGAGCUGGAGGAGAAGUGUCUGGACAUCCACCGCCAGAUCGCCCUGCAGGAGAAGCAUGACGCCGAGGGCCUGAGCCAUCUGGCCCAGGUGGUGGAUGAGGCGCUGGCCCGGGACUUUGAGCUCCGCUCCGCCAGCCCCCAUGCAGCCUACUACGGUGUGUCCGACAAGAACCUUCGGCGGCGCAAGGCCCACUUUCAGUACCUGCUCAACCACCGGCUGCAGAUCCUCUCCCCUGUGCUGCCCGUGAGCUGCAGGGACCCACGCCAGCUACAGCGCCUGCGGGACAAACUGCUCUCAGUGGCCGAGCACCGGGAAAUCUUUCCCAACCUCCACAGAGUACUGCCUCGGUCCUGGCAGGUGCUGGAGGAGCUGCACUUCCAGCCCCCUCAGGCGCAGCGGCUCUGGCUCAGCUGGUGGGACUCGGCUCGCCUGGGCCUGCAGGCCGGCCUGACCGAGGACCGGCUGCAGAGCGCCCUCUCCUACCUGCACGAGAGCGGCAAGCUGCUCUACUUUGAGGACAGCCCGGCCCUCAAGGAGCACGUCUUCCACAACCUCUCCCGCCUCAUCGACAUCCUCAACGUAUUCUUCCAGAGGGAUCCUUCCUUGCUGCUGCAUAAGCUGCUCCUGGGGACCAGCGGCGAGGGCGAGGCUGAGAGCCGGGGUGAAAGCUCCCCGCUGAUGGCGCCGCCCGCCCCAAGCCAGGAUGCGCUCCGGGCCACCCAGCUCCAUCAUUACGUGGAGGGCUUUCUGCUGCAUGGGCUCCUGCCGGCCCACGUCAUCCGGCUGCUGCUGAAGCCUCACAUCCAGGCUCAGCAGGACCUGCAGCUCCUGCUGGAGCUGCUGGAGAAGAUGGGACUCUGUUACUGCCUCAACAAAGCCAAGGGCAAGCCUCUGAAUGGGUCCACGGCCUGGUACAAGUUCCCGUGCUAUGUGCAGAACGAGGUGCCCCACGCGGAGGCCUGGAUUAACGGGACCAACCUGGCCGGGCAGUCCUUUGUGGCUGAGCAGUUGCAGAUUGAAUAUAGCUUUCCCUUCACCUUUCCACCCAGCUUGUUUGCACGCUACAGCGUCCAGAUCAACAGCCAUGUGGUGCACAGGUCGGAUGGCAAACUUCAGAUCUUUGCAUACAGAGGGAAAGUCCCUGUGGUGGUGAGUUACAGACCUGCCAAGGGGGUCCUGCAGCCGGACACGCUGUCCAUUGCCAGCCACGCAUCCUUACCGAACAUAUGGACGGCAUGGCAAGCCAUAACCCCCUUAGUAGAGGAACUGAAUGUCCUACUUCAGGAAUGGCCUGGACUGCACUACACCGUGCACAUUCUCUGUUCUAAGUGCCUUAAGAGAGGGUCACCCAAUCCACACGCUUUCCCAGGAGAGAUGUGUUCUGGAGUAAAGAAGCAGUCCCCACUUUGGGGGGACAGGUAUCAGAGGGUGGCAGCAAAAGGGGAGUUGCUGAGUCAGCCCAGACCAGAAGGCGUGGCAGAGAUCAUUUGCCCCAAGAAUGGCAGCGAGCGAGUGAAUGUUGCCUUGGUUUACCCGCCCACACCGACUGUGAUCAGCCCAUGUUCCAAUCUUUCUAGUGGCUCAGGGGAGCAGACAGCCAGACACAACUGCCUGCGUUUCUCAAGGUUUGUUAGAUUCAGUGAGAAAAGCGUAACGCAGCACCUCCCCCCCAUGAAGCUGGAACUCUCUUCACCAGAGGAAGAACGUUGGUGAAAAGCACAGAAACCAGUGACUUUUAUGGCUGUGGAAUUUCCAUGGAGAAAAGAGCAUCAGAACGCACCUGGACCAUCUUUUGUACCCGGCAAACCCUCCACACUCCCUGGCGUGUUCUGUGAAUUUGAGUGCAUGUGUGUUCAGGGUGCUUUCAGGGAGGAAGCACACCUAGGCUGUAGACGAGGUGGGGAGGGGCGGGGCGGGGGCGGGGAAGGAUGGGAGAGAAUGUGGAGCAAAUGUUUUACAACCUGAACCUCAGAACUGUGAUCCUCCAAGGAGAGCGCUACUUGAAGAAAAAAAAAAAAAAAAAAAAGUCAAAUGGCUUCUCAGGGAUUUUUGUUUUCCGUGCACAUAUAAGCCAUAAUUCCAGUACAGGUGGCAGUAUUUAGAGCACUCAGAUUUCAGUUCUGUUAAAUGUGAAAGAGGGAUCGACUGACCAUUCAUUGCUGUUCCGUAACUAGUGUAAAAUAUGUAUAUGUUUAUCUUUAUUUUUAUAAUAUGCAAAUACAUUUAAAUUUAUACAGUUUGAAGCUUCUAGAGUUAGUUAACACUGGGUGCAAUAUUCUGAUGAGAACUGUGCCAAGAUGGGGAUGAUUUCUUAUUUUAGCAUAGGACCUUUUGUUUAUUCUUUAAUUCUUUGCAGAUUAAAAAAAAGAUACCUAUCUCUCUGCCCAUGGAUUAAGGGUUGGUUCAUAAAGUUUGACGAUAAUCAGCAAGAACUUUAAACAUGCAUUUCAGAUCAGGCAGUGUCCGUCCUUUUAAAUAAAGGUCCCUGCCUGUAAACUGUUGGGCAGCGUAGGAGGAUUUUUCCUUUUCUUUGCCCCCACAUAUCACUAGUGUUGGGCAGAGUCUUCCUUGCUCCAGGCUUUGUGAUGACUGUGAGUUGUUACUGGGUGAUAGUCUGAUGGAGGCCUGGGGAUUAAGGGAUCCACAAAUCCAAGGAAAAGCAGAGUCUUGCAAUAGCUUCAGAUAAUCAGGAGUCAGUUCUGAAGCAUGUAAAGAGCUCUGCUAAUAAGUCCUUUCUUUUCUGCCCCCAGAACAGAGUCUGUGAAAUUUAGCAGAGCACUCUGAAAGCCCUCCACAUCUGAUGUCAGACCGUAAGACAGUGAGUUGCCUAACUGGAGAGCAUAAGCCCACAUUGGUUAUUUUAUAAAUACAGAGCCUCUGAUUGGAUGGUCUACUGCCAAGAACUAGUAAAACCCUGGUUUUAAAAUCUCCGUGAGGUAAAACUUAAAAAGCCAACCAACCAAACUGCUCUCUCUUCUCCUCCUCAUCGGGGCCAAGCAGCAUCUGCUGCAAUAGUAACACAUUCUUUGAAGAGUGUGCCUGACUCUGUUUACAUCUGCCUCCUCUGCGUGUUGAUUGAAAAUGUGUAAAAUUGUUUCUCACCCGUGUAAGGCAAGAAAAGUGAGUCAGCUGGUAUUAUUCUUUUACUUCUUCUAUAAAGUAUUGACUCUUGUAAUGCCACAGUAUAUGACAGAAGUAACAAAGAAACAAGUGGCUGCAUUGUGAAAAAUCGCGAAUCAAUUUUUGUAGAUUAUUCUGUGCCCCAGGAGUUAACUUUAUUAACUCCAGAACCUCAGUUAAACAAGUAUGACUUCUUAUAAUCAUAAAAUCAAAUGGGAUCAGACUAGUUCUGCAUUUUAAUACUUGAAUAUGACACCUCAAAUUUGCAUUUUCUUUUGGAACAGUCACGAGAUUCACCUUGUUAAUCCUUUUGUCACAGUUCUCCUGUGCAUGUGUGCAUACGUGUGUAUGUGUGUGUGUGUGUGUGUGUAAGUGUAAACUGAAUGGUAACAUUUAAUUGCUUUAUGGAUUGGGCAUAAAAGUUUUUUCAGUCGGCACAAACAGUUCCUGAACUGUCAAAUUAACCGACUUUGACCAGGAAAAGACUUGUAAAUGACUUCAGGCUAACUCCCCAGGGGACCAUAUUAAAUGAAAAAAAAAAAAAAGCUCCUUUGGGUGACAUACCCUGCAAAAUAUGUGCUCUUGUCAUGAACAUAGAUGCCCACAUUCUUAAUAUCUGCUAUUUUUGGACAAGUGAUGUUUUGUGCUGUCAUCUGAACCCUAGAGAAGCAGUAUAAGAAGAAAUUUUGGUGUCACAUGUAUUUUAGCAAAAAGGUCAUCAUGGUAGAGGGUCAUGUGACCAAAAGCAGCUCCAGAAAAGCUUGAGAACUUGCUUCAUGGUCGGGGGAGGGUCGGAGAUACAGAAAACAUUCUGCUCUAUAGGAAUUUUCUUCAUUUAUGCAGGAAAUUCCAUUUUCUCUUUCAACACCUGGGAAGACUCAGCCGGGGAGGCUGACAGGCAAUUCAUAAGCACAAGGGGAAUCUUUUCCAACCAAGUCGUCCCUGCCUCGCAAACAAAAGCCCUCCAAGUUUGUUAUGGUUUCUAUUCCUGCAUCUUGUGGUAUCAAAACCACUUCCUGGAAUUGUAAAAGCGCUGCCAGAAUAAAUGUUUUUCCCUCUUCCAAGAAAAAAACGACAGUGCUCAUAUUUGACACUUGUGCACUGGACUCUUUUGAAUGAAUAAAAUGGAAAGGGUUUGGUGUCAUUCCUGGUGGGGUGUGUGUUCUUUUUCAUGCCACAGUUUGUGAAUUGUAAUUGUGGUUUCCUAUUUAAUUGUCAUAACCAGGCAGAAAUUAAAAAAAACAAAACAAAAAAGUUUAAUAAAAACACAAAGAAAUGGUUAAGCAGUUAUAUUUCCAGAGUUGAGUUAUUUCUGUCUGUUUUUGUUUCAGUUUUAUCAGUUAGGAACUCACUAUAUUCCAUUUUUAGUUCUGAAGGCACUUUUGAGCCACAGGAGGUGGAUGGCGGCAGCUCUGGUUGUGGACUGAGCUCCCAGGAAGGCAACGAAUGAAUCUGUUUCAUACUCUGCCUCCGCCUUCAGGCUGGAGGGUCAGGUCUUGAAUAUCGGCCGUUUCUUAAAUCAGAACCUUUUU